CGCUCAGAGCCCACAACCCUCGUGCUCCUCUGCCGGCGACAGCGGUCAACGGCGGCCGGCGGUGGUGAGCACGUGAAACUCGUCACGGCGCACAAGCCCACCAGCGUCAGCCACUCCUGCGCCGGCAACUUCACCAGCCCCCACCAGCUCAACCUCGCCGUGGCGUACGCACCCGCACAACCCCUCUCUCCGCUCCCUCCCCCCGAAUCCCCAGUCAGCCAGUCUAGUAGGGUUCAGCUCCCGCCCGGCUCCGCUUAUUAAUUCCUGCUACCCAGUUCGGCCUCGACCCUUCUGCGUCCGAAUUCCCGGGGCCCUAGGGUUUUGCUCCCAGCUAGACGCGAGCGCCCGAUUCAUUCCUCUCCGUCCAGUUGUUUUUUCUGAUUAGAUUUCUGGGAGGAUUCCUAGGUUAUGAGUGCAGGUGUGCAAUAUUUCUCUGGGUAAUCAGCAUCCUUCUGAAAGUCCUAGUGCACAGUACUGUAUUUCUGAAAGUCCUUUUGCAGUCUGAUUCCACCUUACAGUUCGGUUCGGAGCUACCGUUGUUCCUAUAUCAUAUACACACAAUUGUGGUUUCUGCAAAAAUCGAUGGAGAAGGCUUCUGUUCUCGAUGAUUCACCAGAUUGGAGCACCGAUUGUGAUUGGUCCCAGCUUCAGUCCGACAUGCUCCUCCGGAUCUUUGGCACUCUCGAGAUCCCAGAUCUCUUCAGCUCAGGUGCCGUCUGUCGAUCCUGGCACCUCAUUUAUCUGGAGGCCCGUCGUUUCCGCCUGUGCUCGCCGAAACAGAGUCCCUGCCUUGUUUACUCAUCUGGCGACCGUGAUGCUGACACGGUCACCCUGCAUAACAUGUCCACCGACAAGCUUUACCACGUCACUCUAUCGGAGCCUGCCUUCCGCACACGCCAUGUCAUGGGCUCCUCCUACGGCUGGCUCAUCACUGCGGAUGAGCGGUCGAAUCUCAUACUAGUCAACCCUGCAACCCGAGCUCAGAUAGCUAUGCCUCCACCUGAAACCAUGAACAAUGUUAGACUGCGCUACACUGAAGAGGGCGUGCUAGAUGGAUAUGAUGUUCUUUUCAUGGAUCUGUUCUCUUCGGAUUUUGACACUGAAAUGGAGCCAUACCAUCUUACACUUGAAGAAGCCCGCUUCUUCUUUUAUGAGAGGGUUGUUCUUUCUUGCGACCCCUCCCAAGGAAACUGCAUGGUGCUCCGAAUACAAUUGCCCAAUAGUCAACUCUCUUAUACUAGGGUUGGGGACACCAAAUGGACUUGGAUUGGUGGAAAAGGAAAUUGCUGGGAAUAUCAAGAUAUUCUGUAUAACAACAAUGAUGGUUUGUUUUAUGGUGUUCGUGGCGAGGGUCAGGUAGAUUCUAUUAACCUUAAUGGAACUUCUGCUGAAGUAAAAGUCAUUUUAAAGUCAAUCAUAUCUUACCAAGCACAUAGUAGAUAUAUUGUUCAAGCACCAUGGGGAGAUUUUUUCCAGAUAUGGAGACAUGAUAAAUCUAAUAAAGAGAAUGGGAGAACAGAAUGUGUUGCCGACAAAUUUUUUGUGUACAAGGUUGAUUUUGUUGGACAAAAGAUAAUCGAAACAAAUAACCUCCAAGAUCAUGCAAUGUUCAUUGGUUUCAACAACUCGUUCCUUCUCCCAGUGAAAGACUUUCCUGCAUUGGUUCCCAAUAGCAUCUACCACACGGAUGACUUGCUUGAUUAUAUCUACUGUCACAGAUUUAGUCUUAGGCAGGUUGUUAUUUUUAAUAUGGAAGAUGGUAGUUUCAUCGAGUUAUCGCCCCCUAGUUCAGAUUCAAGAUUGAACUGGCCACCCCCAGUUUGGAUUCAACCAUCACUUGCUUGAGGCACCAGUGUUUACACCUGAAGGUUUCCCUCCUUCAAGAUUCUUUUGUUAGAGAGUUGUGGGGAAAAUUGGAAAGCAAAGUUAUCUUGAGAAGGUGCAUCCGCCCGUCAUCACGAACUUAUACAGUUCACAUAACAAGAUUACUGCCUCUGCUGCGUCCAUUGUUUUAGUUGGUUCAAGUGAGGAACUUGGGAUAUCAGUAACUGUUCAAUAAGUCUACCCUGAUACCAUCCAUACUGAUGAAUGUCUCUACUUUGAUAGUUUGACCACUAUACUCAUGAAACAACAAGUUCACUAUUUCGGCAAAGGUUUAUUGUUGUUGAAUGGCUUACCUAUGUUGAUGAUGUUGUGACUGUGUAUAAAAU